UUUUAGGAGUAGCCGCUAUUUCUCUUGAUAUCUAUUGGUUUAUUAAGUCCACGUGACCUUUAUGUUCGAAUACCUUUGGUCAAUAAAGUUAACCUAGUAAAUAUAAGUUAUUUUAUAAAAAGAAAUAAACUAAAUCAGCUGGAUUUUCAUAUUAAACACCAACAAUGGCUGAUUCAAGUUUAAAUUGUCACAGUAACGAUUUUGAAGACACGAUGAUUAUGUACAAAAAAGAGGCUAAUGCUGUAGUAAGCUUCAAUAUUGUGUAUGAAAAACAAGAUGUAAUUCAGCCAGUUUUAACUUUUAAACCUGUAAUGUCCCAUCAAAUUUUUGGAGAAAAUGAAUGUAUAUUUGGAUACAGGUCUCUAGCUAUCGAUUUAUAUUAUUUACACAAUUCUGCAAAGUGUUAUGUGAACGUGUCUUCUUCUGGAAUAGUUGAAAGUGAUGUGUAUAAACCUGAUAAUAUAAUGGAGUGUCUUAACCCUUGGUUACCUGAAAAUUUCACCACUAACAAAGAAGAAUUUAUCAAAUUAAUCAAAGAGGAAUCUCAUGAUGUUAUUUUCGGUAAAGUUUUGCAUACAUUUACUGCUAAAGGUAAAUUCCAUUUACACCCAAAGACUCAAGUAAAUGUUACAUAUAAAAUUACUCAAUGUGAUCUUAAAGAUGAAAAUUUUAAAAUGUUCCACAGUAGAUUCGAGACUUACGUUAUAUGGUUUAUUGAUGGUGCCAAUUAUAUAGAUCUUGCUGAUCCCAAAUGGGAAAUUUUCUAUGUUUAUGAAGAGAAAAAAAGCCCACAAACACAACAAUUAUAUGUCACGCCAGUUGGUUUUUGUACUGUUUACAAGUUUUAUUCCUAUCCACAGAAUAUUAGAAGUAGAAUUAGUCAAUUUUUCAUUCUACCAACGCAUCAAAAAAGGGGAAUCGGAACUGAACUUUAUAAAACAGUAUUUAAAGUCUUCCUAGAGGAUCCUAUAUGUACAGACAUUACAGUCGAAGAACCAACAUCAACUUUCCAAAAAAUUAGAGAUAUUCAUGACUGUUGCUUAGUUAAUAGUCAGUUAAGAGCCAAAGAAAUGUCUAUUCUUAGCACUCCUGUUAAAACUGUAUUUGAAAUAGUGAAAAAACAAAAACUGUGUAAAAAACAAUGUCAACGAGUAUAUGAUAUCUUAUGUGGUUUUGAAGCUUUUCCAUUUAAACAAAGUUAUGACCAGUUUUUGACUAAGAUAAAUAAACGAAUCCAAAAUGAGGUGAAGGAUAAAAUGAAAACUGCUAAAAGAAUGCGUAAUCAACAAGGAGAAGCAGUAAGCAUAUUACUCGAUCAAAAUGCUAUUGCUGAAGCCGAAUUCAAGAGAUACAAAGAAGAUUUAGAAAUGGCGAUUAAGUACAUUGGAAAUGUUUUUUGCUAAUGUUUAAUAAGUCAUAGUUACAAAAUACUGUAUUUAAUUAUUCAUUUAUCAUGUUUUUUUUAAUAAAUAUAUCUUAUAUAUUUGA